AUGGCGCCCCUGGGUGAUGCUGAUUACUUUAGAGACAAGGCCCGUAAGGACCUACUGGCCUUGCUUGAAGGCGCUCGGGGUAAGAAGAACCUCGUCAUCAGUCAGGAGCUGGCAGGCCCAGUUGGCCUGUUCGUCAAGUUCUCCGUACUACAAGAAUAUGGUGUAGACAGAGUCUUCUUGUUGGAAAAUGCAAACAUUGACUCAUCACAACGCAAUGUUGUAUUCCUGGUCCGUGGCGAGAAUGCGCAUCAUGUUCGCACAGUGGCAGAGCAAAUCAAACGUCUGCAAAACAACGGAAAUGUGGAACAUGAGUUCUCCAUCUACUUCGCUCCUAGACGCACUCUAGUCAGCAAUGUCGUGCUGGAAGAGGCUGGCAUCAUUGGAGAUGCCAAUAUUGCCGAGUUCCCACUUCAUUUCCUGCCUCUCGACCAAGAUGUUUUAUCCUUAGAGUUGGACGAUGCAUUCAGUGAUCUUUACCUCCACAAAGAUCCCGGCUGCAUCUUCCAUGCCGCUAAGGCUCUGAUGGGAAUUCAGCAGAGGCAUGGAUAUUUUCCACGUAUCGUCGGCAAAGGAGACAAUGCCCGUCGCUUAGCAGAUCUAUUGCUUCGCAUGCGCAAAGAACUUGAUGCGGAGGAAAGCUCCGGAUUGGCAGAUCCAUCUGCUCGGGGGCUGCUUCCGAGUGCAGAUACAGAAAGUUUAAUCAUCAUCGACCGCGAUGUGGACUUUGCUACUCCCAUGCUGACACAACUCACAUAUGGAGGCUUGAUCGAUGAGUAUGUCGGUAUCAAGAACAAUCAGGCCGAUGUCGAUACUAGCAUCGUGGGGCAAGCUCCAGGCCCUCAGGCCCAGGAGUCCUCCAAGACUCCUCAACAUUCUAAGCAAGGGCUCAAAAGAAAGAUUCAGCUUGAUGCAUCGGAUUUACUAUUCAACCAAUUACGAGACGCUAACUUUGCCAUUGUGGGCGACAUUCUGAAUAAGGUAGCCCGCCGCUUGGAAAACGAAUAUGAAACCCGUCAUACUGCGAAGACAACAAAUGAACUUCGAGAUUUCGUGAAUAAGCUACCUACUUAUCAGUUGGAGCAUCAGAGCCUUCGAAUUCACACUAAUCUCGCUGAAGAGAUUAUGCGUCUCACGCGCUCUGAGACAUUUCGGAAAAUAUUAGAAGUACAGCAAAACAAUGCCGCCGGUACUGAUCCAACAUAUCAGCACGAAACAAUUGAAGAGCUUAUCGCUCGCGAUGUCCCAUUGAAGAGCGUGCUUCGCUUACUGUGCCUGGAAUCUUGCAUGUCUGGCGGCCUGCGCCCCAGAGAUCUGGAGAGCUUCAAAAGACAGAUCGUACAGGCGUAUGGACCUCAACAACUUCUUACAUUUUGGGCGCUAGAGAAAAUGGAGCUUUUGCAGCCCCGAUCCUCUGCAACAACAAUGCUCCUACCCACCGGCGGGGGGCAAUCCGGCACCAAAACGAAUUACGGAUAUCUGCGCAAGAAUCUACGAUUGGUGAUCGAAGAGGUCAGCGAGAAAGACCCCAACGAUAUAUCAUAUGUCUACAGUGGAUUUGCUCCCCUCAGUGUACGACUAGUGCAAUGCAUUCUGCAAAAGUCUUACAUCAUGUCCCUCGCCAAGGGCAGCACACCCGCCGCGUCCGUAAAUACUGCUAGUGCUGCGUCUCCUGGCUGGCUCGGGUUCGAAGAUGUGGCCAAAAGUGCACGCGGGUCUACUUUCAGCAUCGUCCAGAAAGGUGACGACAAGGCUAUUCGUGCGCGGCAGACAGUUAGCGGUAAUGCCAACACGAAGACAGUUUACGUGUUCUUCCUUGGAGGUAUCACUUUCACGGAGAUUGCUGCGCUACGUUUCAUCGCCGCUCAGGAGGCUCCACGUCGCAAAAUUAUUAUCUGUACAACCGGUGUUGUUAGCGGUGAUCGUAUUAUGGACUCCGCUAUUGAAAAGGGCGGCUUUGCGGAAGCCAAAUAG